GUUUCAUUUAAAAUAGGUAACUGUCAUGUAUCAGGGCCUCAUCUACAAUUCUAUUUUGAUGUAAUUAGUUUAUAAAUGUACUUUUUUUUAGUAUAAGCUAGACAAAUCUAUUUCUAUAUUGAUUUUUAAUAAUGUUGACUCGGAGCAGUAUGUCACUUUCUGCACACUGUUAUAAAUCGAUCUUUCGCGUAAAUCCAACCUUAGUGAGAUGUUCUGGACCAUUUACAACAGAAGCAACCUCGAAGAAAGAUAACGGUAAACCUGAGAAUGAGGAAACACCCGAGGUGGCGGCAUCUGAACAAGAAAUCAAAAAGUUAAACGAAACUAUUGCUGAGUUUAAGGACAAGUACCAAAGAUCGCUUGCUGAGACUGAAAAUGUGCGUUCUCGGCUACGAAAAGAAAUAGAAGAUGCAAAGUUGUUUGGAAUCCAGGCGUUCUGCAAGGACCUGAUCACUGUAGCAGAUGUAAUGAAAAUGGCUGUGACCAGCAUCCCAGAAAAUGAACUCGAAAAUGAAACGAAUAAAGUUUGGAAGAGUUUUUAUGAGGGUGUCUGCCUCACAGAUAAGGAAUUACACAAAGUAUUUGAUCGCCAUGGCUUGAAAUUGCUGGAACCUGAACAGGGGGAUAAAUUCGAUCCCUAUGACCAUGAAGCUCUUUUCGAGGUUCCAAUUGACACUUUAGAGCCGGGUUCAGUUGCGCAUGUAGAAAGGAUUGGGUACAAACUUAAGGGCCGAACACUUAGACCUGCACAAGUUGGUGUUUCAAGAAAAGCAAGCUAAUUUUAUUUGUUUUAAAGAACAGGAUGGUAAAAUUUUGGUUAAAGCUGCUUUUUUUUAAAUGCUGUUUUUUUUAAACCAAUGUGGAAUUUAAAAAAUUGACUAAAAGCAGUUUUUUUUUAGUUCAAACAUCUCCUUGUAAAAUACCAUUGUAUGUAAUUAUUAUUUCCCCCUAUUUCAUUCUGUUUAAUUUCACAAUAUAAUAAAAUAAACGUAUCCUGUGUUUAUACUGU